AUGUCGUCAACGACAUUAGCACCAUCUUUAAAAUGGGAAUCGUUAAAUCUUUCGGAUGUUGUAUUUAACACGAUCAAAAAUCAUUUCAAAUUCAAAUGCAUGACGCCAAUUCAGGUAAGUAAUCGUACAAACUUAUUAUUUAAACCAUGGAUGGACAGAUAAGAUACUAUAAAAUAUAAUUUAAUAUUGAUUGGCAAUAUAAUUUCAUUGUAUUAUAUUUUAGGUAUACCAAAGUAUUUUAAACCGUAAUAAUAAUACAUUUCCACAACUUUUGAUAUUUUGGUUAUGGUUACUAAAUAAUAGUUACCUUAUAGUUUAUUAUAAUAUUUUUUAAAAUGUGUACUUAGUUACUAGUGUACCUUUAUGGAAAUACUUCUAUCGUGGCACUCUACCUAGUUCUAACUAUAGAUUGCAAACAAUCGAUACAUUUGUUCUGUUAAUUUUGCUAAUUUCGUUCAAUGUGUUUUGUAACAAAUUUUGAAUUUUGUUGAACAUAAUAUCUAUAUAUUACCUAUUUAAUUUUAUUUGUUUUACUUGUAGAGUCCUGAUUGAAAUGUAAUUAUUUUGUACUUGUAACAGUUAAUAAAUGCAAUUUAUUUGUUUAGGUUGAAUCUAUAAAGAACAUUUUAGAAAAAAAAAAAGAUGUUGCUGCAGAAGCAGUCACAGGUAGUGGAAAAACUUUGGCAUUUUUAGUGCCAAUGCUAGAAUUGAUUUUAGUAAGUUAAACACAUUCACUAUAUUUUUUUUUGGUACCUUUAUAUCAAGUUUAGCACCUUAACAUUUUUAAAAUAUGUUUUUUGUUAGAUAUGACGUAAUGCAAUAGUGGAAAAUAUUAACUACCACAAAGUUUAUUUUAAAACGUUUAUAUAAUUACAAGACAAAAACAAUGGCGUAAUAAUAAUUUGCUGCUUAUAUUUAGUUUUUGAUUUAUGAGUCUUUUAAAUUGCCUGAUAUUACACACAAUGCGCCCUGUCUGGUGUAAUAAGCUCAUCAUUUUUACUGUAGGCCUGGUCUCGAGUCUUUUUUUUCUACCUUGUUACUUAUCCCACAUUAUGCGUAUGCCUAAAAUCACGAAUUUCACAACUAUGUCUGUUGUACAAAUACUGACUUAUUUUUAAUUUGUUGAUAGCAAUAAUGAAUUCGGCAAAAUAACCUAAUAGUGAUAGAAAAGUGUAUUUCAUUUUUACAAUUGUUUGUUCUGUGUGUUAUAUAUAGUGAUAUCUACAGUUUUCAAAUCGUUAUAAUUCCUAAAAUAAUAGUUUUUGAAAAAUUCUGACUACACCAUAUUAUUAGUAUUAAAAAUCCUGUCUAUUUUAAAAAUAUUUUGUUUUUUAAGGUUUUGAAGUGUUCUUCCUUCUACCUUCCCGCAAAGAUAAUCAAAAAUUUUGAACAUUUGUGUAAAAAAAAAACAGUUUUUUUCUAAUCUAUAUUUUUUUCUUUUUAUUUUAUAUAAAUAUAUAAUUAUAUUACUUGUAAAAUUAUUUUGUUUAUUAGAAACGCAGUGAUCCAUUAAAAAAACAUGAAGUAGGAGGCCUUAUCAUAUCUCCUACACGAGAAUUGGCUACCCAGACGAGCCAUGUCUUGGAUGAAUUUUUAAUUAAUAUUGAUAAUAUAACACAAAUGUUAACUUUAGGCGGUAAUCCAAUAGAAACAGAUGUCAAAGCAUUUAAUAAGAAUGGAGCAAAUAUUUUAGUGGCAACCCCUGGACGUUUGGAAGAUUUAUUAACAAGAAAAAUACCAAAUUUCCAUUUACACAAAUCAUUAAAAUCAUUAGUAUGUAGUAAAAUAUGUAAUCUUAUUGGAAUUAUUGAAUAUUUUUAUAUUUAUAGGAAAUGCUGGUGUUGGAUGAAGCUGAUAAGUUGUUAGAGUUAGGAUUUGAAAAAUCUAUAAAUACUGUAUUACAAUAUUUGCCUACUCAAAGAAGAACUGGAUUAUUUUCAGCUACUCAAACUAAACAAGUUGCAAUGUUGGUUAAGGCAGGACUCAGAAAUCCUGUAAUGGUUAUUGUUAAAGAAAAACAUUGCUUAAACCCAAAAAGGUAAUAAUAUUUAAAUGUUAUGUUUGUAAGGCACAUUUAAUAAUUAUAAAUUAUUAUUUUCAUUGUUUUUUUAGCAAACAAGUUGAAUCUGUAUCUACACCUUUAGCAUUACAAAACUUCUAUACACUAUGUGACGCUGAUAAAAAGUUUGCAUACUUAGUAACGUUUUUAAAGAAACAUGGAUUGAAUUUGAAGUAUAUGUUAUUUUUAUCGACCUGCGCCUGUGUCGAAUAUUUUUCAAUAAUUUUAAGAAGGUAAUAUAGUAUAAGAAAGACACCAUUGAAUGUCAUUGUUAUGCGUGCAAUAAAUAUUUUACAGUUUAAUACCUGAAAUUAAUGUAUUCAGCUUGCAUGGAAAAAUGAAUAACAAACGGUAUAAAAUAUUUGACUUAUUUUGUAAAGCAGAUAGAGGUAAAUAUAAAAAUGUUAUAAAUGUAAUUUUUUUUUUUUUAAACAUUUUAUUUUAUUUUAGGUAUUUUGCUAUGCACAGAUGUUAUGGCCCGUGGUGUUGAUAUACCAGAAGUCAAUUGGGUGAUUCAAUAUGAUCCUCCUAGUAAUGCUUCUUCUUUUGUACAUCGUGCUGGCCGAACAGCUCGAGUUGGUAAAAAUGGCUCAUCAUUAGUUAUGUUGAUGCCAAAUGAAGAUGCAUAUGUACAUUUCAUUUAUUCAAAUCAAAAAGUAAAAUGAGAAUUUCAAAUAAAAUAUUUAAAAAUAAAUUCAUUAUGUUAAUAUUUUUAGGUAAUAUUAGACUUAAUGCCUCAAAUAGAAGUUAACAAUCUAGAUGAAGUUAUAGAUAAAGUUAGAAAGCGUCAACUCAAAGAUAGAACAUUAUUUGAUAAAGCUAAUAAAGCAUUUGUUUCUUAUAUUCAAGCUUAUUCCAAACACGAAUGUCAUUUAUUAUUACGUAUAAAAGGUAAGCUUCUCAGAAUUAGAUAAUCAGAAUCGUAUUUAUUGGUAACCAGUCAUAUCUAUCUUGUGUAGUGGCUCAAGCUUGCUAUUAAUUUAAUCAUAUCAGUUUUUAUUUUAAUAUUAUCUUUACAGUCGACCAAAGUAUUAUGUAAUGAUUAUUGUGAACAUUGAAGGGGAAGGGGUUGGGAGUUAUAUUCCCACUUCCAUGGACUUAAAAAUACAGCAUUUAUGAUUUAUAUUAAUUUAAUCUUGAAAUGUAUAUAAUUUAGACAAGUUCCAAGAAAAAGCUUAAUUAAGUGAAUAAAAGUUGGCUUUUAAACUUAAAAAUAUGUUGGUUUAGGUAUAUAGACUAGUUAAACUAACUUGUAAUAUUCUACAAUGUAUUUAUAAUUAUUAAUUUUAUAUCAUACCCUGCCAUUAUAAUAAUGUUUAUUUAGGUUGUCAUUCUAUUGCUUAUACUUCAUUAUAGUUCAGUUUUAAAUAUGUAUCUAUACAAUUUAAACAAAAAUAAUAUAUUAAUGCAUCUAAAUUAUAUUAUACUUCUAAUUAUUUGUUAAUAGAUUUAGAAUUUGGUAAACUUGCGACUGGUUUCGGUCUUUUAAGGCUACCAAAAAUGCCAGAAUUAAAAAACAAGGUUGUUACUGAUUUUGUUCCCGUUGAUAUUGAUUUCAAUUCUAUUAAAUAUCAGUAAGUAUUUACUUGGUAUUUUAAAAAAAAAAAAAAAACAUGAAACAGUAUUCAUAAUAUUUGUAUCAUUAUGUAUUGUGUACUAGAAAUAAUGAAAGGGAAGCAUCAAGACAAAAAAAAUUACAAAAUUACAUGGAAACUGGAAUUUGGCCAGGUCAAAUAAAGCAUAAAAAAGGAUUAAAACAAACAGUUGCAUGGGUUGAUGCCAAACAAAAAAAAUUAGAAAGAAGAGAAAAACGUAAAAGGAAAAAAGAAUUGAAAAAACAAAUGGAAUUAGAAGGGAAAGCUAAGAUGAGGAAAAAACGAGAACAGGCAUUCAGUGAAGAAGAACUUAAGGAUUUAGCUAAAGAUAUUGCUUUGAUGAAAAAAUUGAAAAAUAAAAAGGUAAUAUUUAAAUAUUUCAAAUACACAAUCAUAUUUUUAAUAUAUUCGUAUUGUAUAUUUAAUUACAAACUAUAUCAUUUGGCACACAUAUGUGAUUACCAUGUUUAACCAUUUGGUUAAAUGUGGUUUCUAAAAUUUAAAAUAUAUUUAUUUAGGUAUCAGAGAUGCUUAAUUUAUAUUGUAAAUUCUAAGUAUACGUGGACAUUUUCCAAAUUCAGAACCAAACAAAAAUCAUUUCUAUAUUUGAAGUGUAAGGAAAUCAUACAAAAUGUUAUCUGUUAUUUUUCCUUCGGUUCAUUGUGGUUUUGAUUCAUCUAGAGAAAGAAAACUAAAUUCUAAAUGAUUUGAAAUUUCACUGUAUCUCUAUCAAUAAUAAUAUAUUUUAAGAUUUAAUAUAUUAUUAAUUUUUAAGUUUGAGUUUAAAUUAAAAUUUACUUACCAAAUGGUUUCCCAUUUCAUUAUUUUUAUUCUAUAGCAUGAGUGGUUAAAUAUAGGAAUGCGAGGAUCUUUUUCCUAAACUUAUUUUGUUUAAAAAUGACAUAUAUCUAAACAAUUAUAUAAUAUUAUGUUUUAUUUUUUAAAUUUACAUUUAAAAAAUUAAAAAUAAAAUUGUAUUAGAGUUAGGAAGAAUCCAAUCAGAAUAAUAAAUAAAACCUAAAAUAUAUAAAUUUCAAAAUAAAAGCUAUUAAUUAGUUUUAAAUAUAUACAUAAAAAAAAUAAAAGAUUUUUGACUUCAAAAGACUAAAAUAAAUAAAUAAAUAAGCUUAAUUAUCAAAUAAAAUAAUCAAAUUAUUAUAGUGUUAUGCUAAAAUGUUUAAUUCUUUUUGGAGGGUAUGAAUUAAUACUCUUAAUAGUCUUGUUAUGUAUGGUAUGGUAAUUAAUUUGUAUAACAUAUUUUAAUAUAAUAUAAUAUAUAGUACUUUUUAGUAUGUAAUAUGAUACAAUAAUUCAUACAUGAUAUAAUAAAGUCAUAGUAUACAUUUUUUUUUAAGGUUUAUAUAAUAUGUGUAGGUUACCAAAUAUCUUUAAUAAUUUCUUGAAAGUUUUUAACACAAAAUGGUCUAUUUAUAUGUUGGAAAUAGAAAAAUGAAUGCCAAUUGGCAACUUUACAACUAACUUUGAAUGUUGAAAUUAAAUUGUAAAUCACAGUUUAAAAGGUCAUAAAUAAAAAAAACAUAGUACAAGUAUUCUUGAUACUAUAUUAGAUAUAAUUGAUUUGUAUAGAAAUAAUAAAAAUAUUAUAAAUCAGUAAUUUUUGAUUGUUAAUAUCUAAUGAAUAAAAAUAAAUCUAUCAUUACUUAAUAUAACUAAACUUUAUUGGAUUAAAACCCAAUCCAUUUAGUUACAUUUACAUUUUAAUAGUUUGUAUCCUUUUUUUUUUUUUGUUAUAAUUAAAAUUAUAUAAACGACAUUAACAACUAGUAUUUUUCUAUAUAUAGCUAAACAAAUAAUUGUAAAUUGUUUAAUACUAAUUAUAACCUAUUUGUCAAAACCUUGAUUUCAAUUUUAUGUUUAAUAUUUGUUAGAUGCAUACAAUAAGUUGUCUUUUCCUUAAAUUUUAGAUAAACAUAAAAUGAUUAACUUUUUUACAUGUUCUAGGUAAAUUAAUAAAAUAUGGUAAUUUAAAUGAAAUAAGAAAAUAAUUUGUGUUUUAAUUACAAAUUAAAUUUGAAGUAAUUGAAUCUGAAAUAAUUGUCCUAUUACAUACUAAGUUACAGAUUUAAUCAAAUAUACAAUACUUUAGAGAUUUAAUUGUAUAAGUAUUGUUAAAAUAUACACAAAUUAUUAUUUUUUAUUACAAUAUAUAUUUAUAUUUUUUCAGAUAUCUAAGGAACAAUUUGAUAUGGAAUUUGGGGGAGAAUUGUAA